AUGUUUUCAGCACCGGUGCAAACAGAUAUAGACAUGAUCUUCAAAUGGGAGUCAGUGCAUGGUUAUUUUGUCUUUGAUAGCUUUGUUUACAGAUUUCCCAAUUGCUUUGUGCUCAAAUUUGAUUGUUGGGGCAGGUUCCAAAGUAGAGUGUCUCUUGGCCUAAAGUCAGAUAAAGAGGAAGCUGUUCAAAGUAGCAUCUCAAGUGCUGGUCAAUUUGGUACACCUGCCAUCUUGGAGCAAAGUGGUAUGGGUAAGCCAUCAGUGUUGGGUAGAAUUGAUAUUCCAAUAAUACUGAACCUUUCAGGUGUAGGAUCAAAUCUUGCAGAUCAUGCUGUAGUAUCCAGAAUCCAGAAGAUGCUCUUCUUGUGA